GCCUGUAUAAUUUUAUUUUAGGUUAUAAAUAAAAUCAAUGUAAACAAAAAGUACUCUACAAUAGUAAAAUUCAAGGAAAGUUUGUUUUAUAUAAUGACAGUUUUUGUUUUCACAACUGAGCAAGAUGACUAAUGGAAAGACUUCAAAGCAAUCGAAAGAGUACGAAAAAGAAAGACGCGAUAGACUGAAUAAGGCCUUUGACCAACUUUCAUCAGUCUUACCAGACUACGAUCCAAUCAGUUCUCUGUCUAAAGUUGAAAUUUUGACCAAAGCCUAUGAUUAUAUUAAGAAACUUGAAGCGGACCAAUGCAAGCCAUCCCAAACAAUGGAUGGUUCUUGUGAGAAAGAAAAUUGUAAUUUAAGAGCCAAAGUAAAGCACUUGUCUUCUCGCAUUCGACAAUUAAUGGACGUCAUGUACAGUGCCAAAAUUAAGGUUCCAGAUAAUUUGCCUCCUACAAGCACUUACACACCUGGAAAUCAUUGCAAGUGGAAUGGGAAAGCAGGAGAUAAGAAAGUUGAAUUAUUAUUGAAAAGUGUACUCGAUAAAAAUAAAGAAAACAAGAAAAACAAAUUGAUAGCCAGACAGCUGUCUACAGGAAAGAGCAAGCAAGUGUCUAGCCAAGCUAAAAAGCAAGCGAGAACAUCUAAACUCUACCAACAAAAGAGGAAAGUCUUUCGACUGGUAGAAACUAAUGAUAAAUUGGGUUCAUUGUCCUCCAUACCAAAGGUAGUUUUAAGUAUCACUGAUAUUAAUGCAGCAACAACAGGAACGACUGCAAAAUCUGUAGCCUCUCCCUCUUGUGUUGUGCCACUACAAGAAAGUAAUUCUAAAGUAAACAUCAUUUCUACCAGCUCAAAUGUAACUGAAAUCAAAAGCGGCCUCACAGUCAACAACAAACCAGUCAGCCUGAUAUCAGCCCCUAUAAUGGCAACCAGCAUAACACCAACUCUACCUGUUCAAAAUUUUGCUCACAACUCAAAUGUCGGGACGUACAUUCUAUCCAACGGACAACUGAUGGCAGUUCAGCAGCCAGCGCAUAUUAUACCUCAAAUAGCACCUCAGAUCUUGAUCAAUCGUCCUGUGACCCCGAUUCUUCUAAUGCAAAACAACAAUAACAUUAAUAGCCAACCCAUAAUUAUCCAAAAUCAUAAUCGUACUCGCGAACCGUUGGCAAAUAAUUGCAGGCCUAUUUAUCCAAAAACGAAACGUGAAAUCACCAGAACCACUUUUAGCUCGCAGAAACCCAUCCCUUCUUUGAAUCUCACCUUUAGUAGCAUAAAAUGCACGAAAGAAAUGAGAACUGAAAUGAUAAGUGGAGGAAAGCAAAAUAGGAACAAGAGACAAAAUUCAAAAUUGGCUACCUUAAAGAAAUUUUCGAAGGAUAAUAUCAAAAAUAGGAAUAAUAGUAGCAAAGAAAAACUUAUGGCAAAAAUGGAUAAAGAGACGUCUGUUCAUAAAAUUAAAAGGUUUGAAAGAAUUAACUUGAUGAAAAUUAAACUUCGAAAGAGAAAACGAAAAAGUCCGAAACAUAUCUUACUUAAUAAGUCUGCAAAUCAUGGAAGUGUGACUAGUCACUUAUCAAGUAAAAGAACGAGUUCAUCACAAAGUCAUGAAUUAAUUGUCAGAAAGAAAUCUAAUUUAGGUUCUUCUAGUAGACAGGAAAGUACAACGCAAGUAAAUAAAGUCCAAAUUUCGAAGAUAAUCUCGAAUAAUUCUGAUGCUACUUGUGGAAGUCAAUCAUCGACAAUUGUGACUUCCUCAAUUGGAUCUUGUGAUUUUAUAAAUACGUCAAAAAGUGUGGUGUCUCUUAGUUUAAGUCCUAAAGGUGCUUUUUCAAGUGAUUCUAUUUUAAGUAAAAAUUUAUUUCCAGAAACUGGUGAAAAAGUCAGUUGUGAUUUGCAGUUAAAAACGAACUCGAAUGCCGCAGAGGCAUUGACUUCCUCUCAGAUUCAAAGUUAUUCCGCUCAGAACACAAAUAAUUCUUUUAAUUUUGAUCCAAAGUUAGUUGAAACCUUCAAUUUUAACAGUGGCAAAGACGUUUUAACUCAACUGGGUACAUAUGAAAAGAACUCUUUUUUGCCUAUACUCCCUCCAUACCUGGAGGAUGUCCGAGAAUUUUCGUCAGAUAUUCUAUCUUCUCUCCAGAUUCCUUCCAAUUUGCACAACUCAGAGUCUUUAUCUCCUACUGCUGCAUUUUUAUUAUCUUUUCCUCUCGUUUCUACCUCUAAAAAUUCUGAGCUACUCAACGAGAAUGAAAAUGAACUCUCCUGUGAGAGUCAAACUGAUAAUUCCACUUCUAUUAUGCAAAUCGGCAGCCUAGAAUCUCCGUCAUCUGCAAUAAUUGAAGGGCAGGCAGUUUUAUUUGAUCAGCAGUUUGCGCAAAUACCUAAACCUAAUUGGCUGUCGAAGAGUUGUGACAAAAUCGAAUCAAAUCAGAAAUACAAUGAAAAUUUAAGUUUUGACAGCUCAAAUAUCACUCCUGUUCAUGCAUCAAACCAUCCAAACAAAAAGAGUUCAGUUUUUGGUGACUCGCCAUGUAAAGCUGUAAGCUCUAAGAAUAAAACAGAUUCAUCUAAUGGUUCAAAUCAGCAUGCUGGUAAAAAUUCGCAAACAUUAAUUGAUAAAAUUUCACCAGGUAAAAAAGCCAACAUCCCUGCAACUUCCAGUACUGCUGAUGAUACAGGACAAAAUGUGUCCAUAAAGCUCAGUUCAUCAGCGCAGACCGUCACUACCUGCACCACCAAGGAACUUCCCAAAUCUCUCUUGGCUGUUAGCAAUAAUUUGUUGCCAGUUUUUUCAGAGUUGUAUGGUUCUAAAACUGAUAAAACAGCUUGCUUAGAACUCUCUCCGAAAUCUGGAGAAAGAUUUGUUGAAAAUUCCCGGAAACCUUCGGAUAAAAUUAAAAGCAAAGAUAAUACCCUGAACGCUAGAGCAUUUGAAUUAAGUUCUGCAAAUAACUCUGAUGUCACUAAAACUAUUGCCAAAAACUGCAAAGAAAAAAUCAAUUCAAGUACCGUGAAUGAAAAUGGUUCCAACAACAAGUCCCUUGUCAACUGGAUGACGACCCCAGAUGUGCGUUUACAUGGUAUUGAGCAAUUUAGUAAUUCAGAGCUAUUCCCGUAUCAAAAUUUCGACUUUCUGGCCUCGUCUACUAUUGCAUGUAGCUCAUACUCCACUUCAUUCACUACGACCAAUAUAGACCAACUUUUUGAAUAUUCGUCAACCACUGACAACAAUAAACUCUACAAUCCUAACUACCCAGCAGUUUUGAAUCAAACAAAUGUUUGGUCCCCCAGUAAAAGCUCGCUUCCUCAUCAUAUCGUUGGAACGCAUACAGAUAACAAUUUUAUAAUACCAUCCACUCUGCCAACAUUGAUAGGUGAUUUAGCUUUGGGCACCAACACGACUCCUUUUGUGGAUGCCUUUAAAGUAGCGUCUUUUGAGGCUGUGCCUGAUAAUUAUACUGGGCAAAAAAUUGGUGAGCCACCGAUCAAUGACAAUCUUAAAUCCUAUGAUAGAUCUGAAAACAACCAAAAAAUUCAAGUCAACACAAAUGAAAAUCAGUCGGGAGCCAGGAGUAAAAUUAAAGAAAACAUCAAUCAGCACCCAUGUUUUGAAAGUAAACAAAGUGCUCCUGCGCCAAAGAGUCAGCAACCCAACAAAAUAACUGCACUCAAGAAAUCCGAGUCUAAUGACAAAUCUCAACAAACAAGUGGCACCAAUUUCCUGUCUGUAAGUCAAUUAGUCGACCAAAAUCAAGUAAAAUCACAUGGAUUACAAGAUGAUCAAGUCUUGUCUGGGAGCAAACGAAACUUCACCCAUCAGAAGCAGCAAAAUAAAAACAGCGCUAAUAACUUUAAUAACUUUAGCAACAAUACUAGUGAAAAAUACGACCCCAAACAUCGUUUAAUCAAAAGAGGAUCAGCAACUUUGAAUAACGGCCACCAUGAAAAUUUUGUUAAUGGCAACGGUCAACGAGUUUUUAAUCAGCAUUCCAUUGUCAGCAAAACAGAGAGUGUCAAUAAUUGCUGGCAGCAUCAAAGUACAAAAGAGUCGUCCAGCCUUGACACAGGUUUCAAGUCAAAUAAUUACAGCACUGAGUCACUACUGAACAGCGGGAAUAAUCACUCUCAAGUCAUGAACUUCACUCCUAUCUCAGAUUUUCACAAUACUCCAAACUACUCAAUGGACAAAAGUGCAAAGCUUCAAUCUUCGAGUGUCUGUAACUUCUUCAUUCCUCCUGCUCAGCCGUAUCAGAGUAAUCAGCAACAGCUGAUAACCACAAUUCCUGAUAGUAACCCAUUCGGAGAAUCAUUCCAAUUUUCAAACCAGAGCUACCGAUCUGACGCAAGCAUCAGCAAUGAGAAACCAAGAUUGGACUAUAACGCCCCCGCUUCCUCUUCAAUGAAUUGUCUUCUUUCGAACAAAAAUCCAAGCAUUUCAAAAUCGGAAUUUGCUGUUAAUUUUUAUCCGUCAACUUACUCAUCCUCAGCGCCUACUAAAAAUUCAAAAGAGAGGAGAACAUCUUGCAGACAGGUUGCUGAUCAAAAGCAUCCAUCAAACGUCGAGCUGAAUCAUGGAAUCGGCUCACACAUCUCCCCUCCCUUUCCUAGACCCUCUCUUGCUUCAAGUUUUUCUGUUUCUGUUUCUAAUUCUGCUCUGACAGGUCCAAUUUAUACCAAUACAUCAUCAUCUUCAUGUGCAAACAAGGUAGAAAAGCAAUCUGUCUACUAUUCAAAUGAAAAUAUUCGUAAACCAUGUGUCUCAAUCUCAGAUUAUGCUCCUUUUGAUGACUGCAAUUUUAAAACUCCUCAAAAUCCGCUGUCAAUCACUAAUGCUUUCAUCCCUCCAUCUUCUAACAAUGCCACUUUAUUCCUGUCGUCCACGUCGAUACCUACUAAUGUUUUACCAUCAAAUUUUAACAGUAACAGUAAGAGUUUCCCCUUCUUAACUCCAGUUGUUUCGACUCAUUCACUCUCUGUCAGUACGAAUAACAUGCCCUAUUAUACCUCCUCAACUGCUUCAAGUAGUACAUCUAUUUCCACUAUAAACGCUAACUUCACUGUAGCGUCAAACACCAUCAUAGUUAGCGAAGUUUCAGUAUGCAGCAGUACUACUGCUUCAAAUUAUCUUCCUCCUUUUAUUGGGUCGAGCACUACAAUAUCUACUCCCACUGUAAGCUUUUCCCACUAUCUCUCACCAGUAAUUACAACUUCUAAAAACACGAAGCGGACUUCAAGUUGCUCAUUAUCUAAAUCGGUUACUAGUUCUGGCGCUGCAACAUAUCUACCACCAAUAAUUUCAACAGCUUCCAUCUCUAGUAACACAAAUAAAAUUUCCUCCUAUCUUCCUCCAGUCAUUUCCACAAGUUCCUUAGUCUCAACUCGAAAUAAUACAGUAGGAAACUAUUUACCCAAUAUUAUUCCAUCAUCAAGCUCUGCCGAUAAAAACCGCUUGUCAAACUAUUUGUCUCCUGUUAUUCCGACCACUAACACCCUUAGUAACAGCAAUUUAACAAAUUAUUUGCCUUCUGUUUUACCUGCUGUUAAUGAUGCUUCGCUUUACUUACCGCUCACCAGUAUCAGCACAACUGGGUCAAGUGUUUCGACUCAAGAUAUCAAUUCAUCUUCAUCGUCCUAUGUAUUAUCCACACCCACUAACACUAAAUUAAACGCUCCCUCAACCCAAGAUAAAUUUGCCCACAAUAAUACACCAUCAUAUCAACCCUACAUUUCGAAUGUACCAACAAGUAAUAGUGGUGUAUUGAAUGGACCAACCACAAACCAUUUACCUGUUUUUUCAAACAAGACAAGUGAUCCUGCGGUCAGCUCAAGCUAUUUACCGGUGUUUUCGAACACAGCUGGGGUCACUUCAUCUUCGACUUACUUACCAAUAUUUUCAAACAGUCCAUCAGACCUGCCGAUGAUGUCAUCAAGUUAUCUUUCCUUGCCAACCAGUAAUCAGGGUCCUAAUUCGGUUUCAACGCUCAACUCAGCGUACACCUCAAACUAUUUGCCUUCUUCCAGCUUUUCCUCCAGCAAUUAUUUCACUGUCAACUUGAACGCAGCCGUGCCUCACGAUUCACAAAUAUCAAACUCAACCGCAAAUUUCAUCUCUUACUCUGCUCCAUCCACUGUAGCUAAUACACCAUGCAGCUCUACAGAUGUUCAGUGUUCAUCCAAUUUCUCAAUAUCUUCACCUGCCGCCUCUCGAUCCUCAAAUAAAUCCUCCAAAACCUCCCCAGGCUCCUGUAAAACUUUUGUGUCUGCUAAAAAAGCACCCAACAGCGCUGAAGUCCUCAAUUCAGAGGCUAAAAGAGUACAUUCUACAAACCAAAAGCUCAAUCAAGAGGAUACUAGUUUGAGAACAAGCAAUAAGGAGAAUUCUUCCACUAAAGCUGUACUGAAAUCGUGUAACCCAUGUGUAGUAAGCAAAGGUACAAGUUUUCCAAACAGCAGCUGCAUCUCUAAUAAUCUGAAUAAUCAAAGCACCUUAUCCUCCAAUCAAAUUGAAUCACCGGCAAUGUUUGAAACUUAUAAACCUGCUUUAAUCCAUCAAAUCGGAGGAAAUUAUGCAACAGAACAUUCCAGUGCAAUGAAUGUCAAAGGCGUCACAACCUCUAUUUCCUCCAAAACUAGUUUGGCUCCUCCAAUGCUCCCGCUGAACUCCGGGAGCGCCCCGUCAAAUAAUUUUAGUUGUAUUUAUUCAACGUCAGAUAGCAUCUCCUAUCAGCCUAUAAAUCUACCGAAUACCUUUCAAAACCGGCCAGAGUUUGUAGAUCAAGUCAAUAUUGGUCCCUCAUCGAGUUUCAACAAUGAUACUGCCAUCAACUCAAUUAAAAUGACGCCUACAAGUCAAAAAUAUGUGCCAUCAAAUGAGCAGUUAAUUUACAAUGCGACAGCCAACUCUGGAUCUUCAACUUUAACGAACUUCAACUUAAGUGCUAUUCUUCCAGAGAUGAAUGACAAGAUAAGGUGCCAUACCUCAUCAAAUAGCUCUUGCAUCACGAGGGGACUUUCAGAACAGACAUCCUUUGGAAAAUAUGACUUUUAUCAAUAUCCAGAAAAGAAGGCCCAUCCUCUAACAGACAAGAAAGUACAACAGAUGCAGCAUGCAAGUCAAACUGUGCCUCCUAAUCAAUUCAAUUUGAGUAGUAAGUCUAGCUCUUCCUCAUUUCAAAAUAAUUUGGAUACAUCAUGACGAAGGAACUAUACUUCUGCGCAGUUUAUUCCUAGAAAAUAAAACCGUGAUAUUAGAAUAUUGUUUGUUUUAUUAUAUGAUGUAUAAUAGCAUGCUCUCAGUAUGCUCCUUUUGUUAAAAAAAAGAAUGAAAAAAAUAAAAAAAAAAUAAAAACAAAUUCUGUGCAAUAA